UCUCCACCUGCAGCCAUGUGGCCGCUGACGCUCAUCGUGCCGGUGCUCUGGAACUAUUAUAUCGCGAUGAAAGUGACCCUCCAGCAGCUGCUCGGCCACUCCUUCCUUCUACCAGCAGGUACUCAUUAAUGAGUGAAAUCUUAACGGAAGACUGCCACUUGCAACGCAAUGGAGGCUAAAAACAGUGAAGCCGUGCAGUCUGACCUCAAACUAGUUGCACAUCCCAGAGCAAAGAGUAAAGUGUGGAAGUACUUUGGCUUUGACACAAAUGCUGAAGGAUGCAUCAUGCAGUGGAAGAAGAUCUAUUGUCGCAUUUGUAUGGCUCAGAUUGCCUACUCAGGGAAUACUUCCAAUCUUACUUACCACCUUGAGAAGAAUCACACAGAAGCGUUCUGUGAAUUUGUAAAAAGCAACACUGAGCAAAUGAGAGAGGCGUAUGCGACUGCUUUCUCGAAGCUGAAACCAGAAACGUCCCAACAGGUUGUUCAGGAAACUUUUAUUAUGAAGAGCAGCCAUCCUUUCGACAAGAAACAACUGGAAGUAACAUCUGCAGUAGUCAAUCUAAUAUGUGAUGGUAUGUUUCCUGCUUCCAUAUUGGAUGAGCCUACCUUCAAAUCUCUUCUACAAACUCUGGAUCCUCGGUAUGAAGUUCCUAGCCGGAAAUACAUUUGCAGCAGGGUGUUACCAGAGAAAUAUCACACUGUGAGAGAUCUUAUACUUAAGGAGUUGGUGGACGUUUUGUGGUGUGGCAUUUCCACUGAUAUGUGGAAAAGUGAAAGCCAGAACAGGUCCUAUGUAACCCUUUUUAUCCACUAUUUGGCUACAAGUGCUUCUAAUUCUUUUACCUUAGGCUCUCGGUGUUUGAAAACUCUUGAAGUUCCUGAGGAGAAUAAAGCUGAAGCAAUUACUAGAGUGUUGUAUGAAACCUUUAUUGAGUGGGGGAUUAGCACAAAAGUGUUUGGUGCCACCACUGACUCCAGUAAAGACAUUAUAAAAGCAUGCUCUCUACUGGAUAUUCCUAUAGAUAUGCCUUGUGUGGGUCAGACGUUUAACAAGGGAAUACAGCAGGCUUUUCAACUCCCAAAAGUCUCUGGACUUCUUACAAGGUGUAGAAAGAUGGUGGAAUAUUUUCAACAAUCAACAGUUGCGAUGUACAUGCUUUGUGAGAAACAGAAGCAGCAAAAUGCAGUUUCUUGUAUGCUCGUGAGUGACCGUGUUUCAUGGUGGGGCAGCACACUUGCAAUGUUACAGCGUCUUAAGGAACAGCAGUUCACAAUAGCAGGUGUUCUGGUUGAAGAUAGUAAUAACCAUCAUCUCAUGCUAGAAGCCAGUGAGUGGAAUACAAUUGAUGGCCUUGUUGAACUCUUACAACCAUUUAAGCAAGUUGCAGAAAUGUUGUCUAUGUCCAAAUAUCCCACUAUAAGUAUGGUAAAACCUCUUCUACACAUGCUGCUUAACACUUCUUUAAAUAUUAAAGACACCGACCUAAAAGAAAUCAGCAUGGCCAAGGAAGUAAUUGCCAAAGCUUUAUCAACUACGUAUCAGCAGACACCAGAAAUAGAUAUGUUCUUAAACAUAUCAACGUUUUUGGAUCCCAGGUACAAAAGACUUCCAUUUCUAUCUGCAUUUGAACGUUCCCAAGUUGAAAAUCGUGUUAUUGAGGAAGCAAAGACCUUGCUGGAUAGAAGCAAGGAAAACUCAAGGUCCGAAGAUAAAGUAUUUGCAAUUUCAGAUGAACCUCCAGUGAAAAAAAUGGCAACAUCAUCUACUCCUCCUCCUUCAAGCAGCAUCAACAACAUGCUUGCUGAAAUAUUCUGUCAGUCUGGACCUUCCGAAUACCAAGAAGAAUGUAAUGCGCAAGUUGUUGAGGAGUUGAGCAAUUUUAAAUCCCAGAAAGUUCUUGGACUAAAUGAGGAUCCACUGAAAUGGUGGUCUGACCGUUUGGCAUUAUUCCCUCUUCUACCAAAGGUUCUUCAAAAAUAUUGGUGCAUUGCUCCCACAAGAAUCUUCCCUGAUCGUCUCUUUACUUCAUCAAUGAAUGUUGUGAAUGCAAAGAGAAACAGAUUAGCUCCUGCUCACGUGGAUGAACAGGUUUUUUUGUAUGAAAAUGCGCGAAAUUCUUCCCAAGCUGAGCCAGAAGAUGACGAUGAAGGAGAUUGGGGUUUGCAACAAGAACAGUUUUUUAAUUUCGGUGAUUCAGUCACUAUAGGCAAUAAUUUCUUCUCAAUUAGGGACAGUGGGUUCAUUUAAGGUUUACCCUGGUGGUGAAUUUUUAAUUUAAUGAAAUAUAUGUAUAUAUUUUGUAAGCCAUGGAUUUUUGUGUUAUUGGCUAGCAAAAAGAUUUUAGUUUUUGUCUAGUCAGACUGAUAGGAACAACAGAAUUUUUUUUCUUGGUCAAUUUUAGACACUAAAUUGGGACCUUGACUUCUCAGAUAUACAAUAUAAAGUUUGGCUCUGUUCUGAUCACAUUAAAUGGAAUCUGUCACCCCUUUUUUGGACAAUUAUCUACACUAAUACAUGAGUAAUCCUGCAGAUAAGGAGUCCAGAUCACUAGUCUUUUAUUUUCCUACUGCUCUCUGUUCACUUUCUGUCCGCUCUCAAAGCUGCACUGAAAUACGCAGUCUGGACUGCUGUGAUGUUCUAACACAGGGAUGCUCAACCUGCGGUCCACCAGCUGUUGCAAAACUGCAACUUCCAGCAUGCCCUAAUAGCUGUAGGCUGUGCAGGCAUGCUGGGAAUUGUAGUUUUGCAACAGCUGGAUGGCUGCAUCCCUGUUCUAACAUAAUGGAGAGGACUCGUGCACAUGUGCGGCAGUCCUGACAUUGUAUUUCAGUACAGCUCUGAGCGUUGGCAGUAGGAACAUACAAAAAAGUGAUCUGGUCUCCAUAUUUUCAGGACUACUCGUGUAUUGCUGUACAUAAUGGUCCAAAAUCGGGGUGACAGAUUAUCUUUAAGAACUUACACUGGAGGAACAUGUGGGUAGGAUCUAUCAACGUCUACCUCCAAUAAAAGGUUGUGACAAACUCACUAUAGACUUGCACUGUAAGAACUAAAGUAUUCCCUGCUGUAUAUUGUUUUUUUUUUUUUUUUUAACUGUAUACCUUUUUUAGCCUAUUCAAUAUCACCAAAAAGUAUACUGCCUUAUGGAGGCCAAAAGGACACUCUUUGGAUCUCCAUUGUGUAAAUGGCAUCCUCUAGAUACAUUUGUAGUAUAUGCCAGGAAUGGUUUCUGGCAUAAAAGCCAAACGUGAUGUGAACAGAGCCUUAUUUUUAAUGCAAUAGUCAUUUGUUUUUUAGUUUUAAACAAUUUAGCUUAGGGUGGGUUCACAUAACGUUUUAUGCCU